AUGGACUGCAACGUGAUUCUGUUUCCCAGCUCCAGAGUCAUCCCUCCACCGCUGCCCUUCCGCCUGCCUUACACCAAGGCGGUUUUCUGCGUGAGCCGGUCUCUCUUCGGACGGGGUGUGCUCGGUCAGAUGGGAGCUCUCUUUGGUCCUCAUGAAACCCCAGGCAUCCCCGCUGCCAACCACCACCCACCAUCCCACCCUGAGCCCCCAGCAAUGGCACACCCGAGACUGGACAUCUGGUCCUGCGUCCUAGCCAGCGCCCGGAGCCCCAGCCCACCGCCGAGCCUGAGCAACCUGCGGCACCGCGCGCCAGGACCCCAGGCUCGGCCCCAUCUACCCGCCACUGUCCCCCUGCAGCCCCGGGCCAUCCCUCACAUGCCCUGCCCUGCCCUGGCGUUCACCAGUGCGGGCCUGCCUCCAGCUCCGCAGACCCACCCCUGCCACCCGCCCACCCCGACCGCAGACCUGUCCCAGCCUCACACGGGUGCCUGGCACGGCGUCGCCACCGCCUCCAUGCUUCUGCAGAGGCCCUGCUCGAGUGGCCGGCCCAUCUUUCGGCCAGGUCCCCGCGAGUCCCAUGCCUCCCCCUUCCCGCCGGCCCUCCACGCAGACGCCACGCCCAAGCACCCCUGGGCCUGCCUCCCCGCACCCUGCUCGCUGCCGCCCCCUCUCCCUGCGAUGGCUCUGCCCCGGUCCCUGAUCCUCGUGGGGCACCCACCAGCCAUGGCCCCAGGCAGCUUCGUCCCGCACUCUCACCCACGCACGCUGACGCCCACGGCCCCGGCAGGGGCGUCGAGGAAACCUCCUGCGGCGAUGGCUAGCACGCAGCCCACUCAGGACCAGCACCCUCUUGGAGUCACCAGCGGCGCACGGGAGUCACAGCCAGCCCGGGACCUGGCACUCAAUGGCCCAGCCGCCCAGAGAGGUGGCUGGCACGCGGGGCAUGGGGAGGCAGGCGUGUCCGUGGCCACUGGCCCCACUCCCAGAGGCAGAUCCCCCUCGCUCGUCUUCGGCUGUGGCCACCGCCGCGGCCGCUGCCGGCCCGCGCUGGCGACCACCACAGCCCACGCCCCGACCCCUACCCCCACCCGCCCUGUCCGACCCCACCUCCUCCCCACCACCACUGACAGCAGGAGAACCAGCACAAGCCCAGGAGCAUGGCGGCCGCCACCAGGGGCAGCAGCCGCCGCCCCUCAGGAGGGAGGGGGCGGGGGCUGGGGCUGGGAGGCCUCAGGCGGGUCGUGGUGGAAGCGGCGCGAGGUGGCCACUGCGGCCAAAAGGUUUGCCCCGGGGCACGGCGGGGCUGGCCUGAAUCGUGCUUGGGCUGGAGGUGCAGGGUCCCGGGGCCUCUGUGGCAGCGCUGAGCAAGCCAGCCUCAAAACACUGCGCGCGCCACCGGCUUCUCGCACACACGCCAAAAGCCGCGCGCCAGCUGCCUGGCUCCCUGCUCCCAGCUCUCUCUGCCCCGAACGCCCCAGCCGGGAGGGCGGCGGAGCUCAGCAAAAGCCCGGGCCGCCGCCAGACGCCGGCCCCGGGCUCGCCCCAGCACACUCUCGCCGCCGCCGCCGCCGCAUCCCUGCCCCGACGCCCCGUCAGCGGGAGGCUCUGCGCCGCCGCCGGCGCCACCAGCAGCCCACCAGCAACCCCAUCCGCGCCAGCUCUACGCAGCGGCCGGGGUCCACCGGCCCCACCGCCCCGGGGCGGCGCUCCCGCGGCCUUGCGGCCCCCCGGCCGUUCGCUCCCCGCCGCGGCCCGCGAACGCCUCCGCCCUCACCCCCGGGGGGCAACGCGGGGCACGCGGCUUCCAGCAGCCAGCUGGCCAAAGCCCUUCUCCACCGUGCGCUGGGCGAGGCCACUUCCCACGACGACAGGGGGACACGGGAGCCAGCCGCCUGCAGGCGUCACGGCGCUCUGCCGCGCCGCGCCGGUCGCGAGCCUAGGAGCCCACUGAGGCAGCCCCUGUGGGCGGGCGGGCCGCAAGAUCCGGCUAUGGUCGGGCAAGGCCGUGGGGGUGGCCAAGGAGGCCGUCGCUCCGCCGUGGCGACCGAGCGCCCGGCGACGACAGAGGGCUCAGGCUGGAGGGCUGCACCGGCGGGGAUACUCACCACUAUACUAACGAGGACGGCGGCGACCGCCCUGCCGCCCGGCCCCUCUCGGGCUCUCGGGCUGCCUGCCCACGCCUCCCCCGUGCCCAGCACGGGCCCCGACCCGACCGCCCACCAAACCAACCGCCUCGGUCACAGAGGCGGCCCGCGACCCCGACACGGACCCGGACCCCCCGGGGCACUGGACACUCCUCGUGCGCGCCGCCUCUUGCCUCCAACGCGGCCAUUCCGCCGGGAGAAGGGGGUCCGAGAAGGCAAGCGAGGCUGCGAGGACACGGUGGGCGCGCGCCGGCCCGCGUCUGGCGAGGAGGGGCGCGGACGGCCGCCUGCCUGCCUGGCGCGGCGCACCGCGCGGCCCGCCACGGGCGCCGGGGCUCGCGCCGCGUCGGGUCUCAGCCAGGCGAGCGGCCACGCGCCCGCCCAGGCCCGCCCCUUUCUCCACACACGCCCGCCCCCCGCCACCAGGAACCUUCAGUCCUUCUCAGCGCAGCUUUCCUCCCCAGGUGUCUGCGGCUGCAGCUGCUGCUUUUCCGGCCUCCCCGCCUGCGCCUCGCGCACCCUCGCCCACCCUCCCACUCGCAAGGCCCCACCCCGCCCCACCCCCGUCGGCGCCGACGCACGCGGCCCCGCGCCGGGUGGCGAGCCCUCCUCGCUUCGCGGGCGCCGCGACUUCUGCCUGCUGAACGACCAAGUCGCUCUCGCAGCCUUGCUUCCACGUCCGCCCCCGGCCGCUCCCCCUCCGGCCGGCACCCUGUCGUCCGCGCCCGCGCCGCCGGCCCGCCUGCGCCACCCAGCCACACCCAGGCGGCCGAGCCCCCCCGCCUUGCCCGCCAGGGGGCUGCUGCGUGCCCUCCACGCUUCUCCGCCUUGCGGCCUCGGCCGGGCCACACCUGCCUGCCUCCCGCCCGGGACGCGCGCCACGCACCCUUGCUGCGGGCCGGCGAACACCGGCCUUCCGUGCACGAACCCGUCCCGGGAAGGGCGCUCGGCUGGGGUGGGAGCGGAAGCCCUGCGUGCCCGUCCAGCCCAGCCACAGGCGCCCAGCCCGCGCCCCGGCCCUCGGCGCCACCGCGCCCGUUCCCGGGGGGAGGGGGGGGAAGCCGCCGCCCGGGCCGGAGCCAAGCGCGGCCUGGCGUGCUCCCUGCCUCAGCCGGCAGUCCCCGAGCCAGGAGCCGCUCUGCCCAAGGGCCCCUCCUCACCACCACCACCACCCACCCUGUCAGAGCGGAGCGCCCGCGAGCGCCGUCGGCCAGAGCGCAGGAGCCAGGCUCACAACGCCUUUGGGUCCUGGGGCCUGAGCGCCGCUCGGGGCGGCGGCGGGGGCGCCCCGGGGAGUCGCGCUCCCGCGCUCGCGAGCACCCAGCACAGGCCGAGCCCGGGGUCCCGGCCCCCGCCCGCAAUGGUCGCUGAGAGGAACGUCGGCGCGCGGCCGCGGCGACCACGCAGCGCCUGCCCACGCAGACGGCGUCGGCUCCUGGCCCCCUCGGGCGACACCGACAGCGUCGCGGCGGCCGUGGUCGGCGCAGAAGGCGCGGGACCGGCCGAGUGGGCCGGCGGCCCGCCGCCCCGGGGUCCCUCCGAGAGCGCCGCGCCCUGGGGUCCUGCACGUGCCCGGACCCUGGCUUUGAGGUCGGCCGCCCGUCGUCUCCUGCUCGGAUGGAGCAGACAGAUGCCCACUGGGCGAGCGGUGAGCAGUGACGGGCGGGUGUUGGCCAGCGCCUCUGGGGCGGCGUCGGGCGGCGGCGGCCACCGGUGCAUGGGUGGUUCAGUGCUGCCCACGACCCCUCCCGCCCCCACACACGGCCCUGCUGCCAAGCCGCUGUGGCCCCAAGCCCUGCGGGCUCAGCCGCCCGUGUGCCCAGACACCUCCCUUGUGGUUGCUGGCUUCCUCACGCGGACCCAGCCGGUGGCUCACGGAUUGCGCUGGAAGGCACACCCCACCUCUGGCAGCCGCCGGCCCCACCUCUUCACCUUUCCCAACGUCUGUCUCCAAGCUCCCUGGCUCACUCUCGCCACACUCCGAGAAUCAAUCACCCUCCCAUCAGCCCUGCUCCGCCAGUAA